AUGAGGUCAGUCCACGCGUGGUUAUCUGCGGCUAGAGGUGCGUGGUCGAUCGAUCGUUUUAUUUUCUGGGAGACUGAACUACUCAGACCUCCGUCGCUGCUCGAGCUGAUUAUGGCUGAGGUUGCUGCCGCUGCUGCGAUGGCGUCGGCGCCAUCGCUGAAAAAGAAACAAGCUGUUGUUCCGAUUAAAAAGGUCGAGGCCAAAGAGAAAGAGAAAGAUAGGCCGCAGGUGGAUAGGAAUGAGUUGAAGUCCAACUCCACCAGCAGCACAUCCAAGGAACAACCCAAACCCACCACCUCGCAAUCCAAACCGAGGUUAGAAGCAGAAGCAAAAGAGGAAACAGAAGCGCCAGCCACCACCGAGUCCGAAAAGAGCAACGCAAACCCCUCCGUCGACAACCCAACAAUCACCUCCCUCCUGACCGAAAACGCAUCCCUCCAAUCCCAACUAACAACCCUCAAAACCGCCCUCCACGACGCCCAAAACCACAUCUUCAGUCUGCAACCACACACUCAAACCCUCACCAACAGCGACGCAAUAAACGCCUUCCAGUCUCUCCACACCGCAAUCGAAACCUGGGUGGACCAGUAUCUCGCCGACAGCCUCGACGAAAAGCAAGUCGCCGUCGACGCCUUGCACGUCGACGAUAUCCAGAACCUCAUGAACCUGAUCCCUUUCGAGGCAAAAGCAGCGUUUACGAAUGUCGCGGGUACGGACGUCGAUAUUAUCCAGGCUGUUAUACUGCGGUUCUUGGUCGAAAGUAUAUUCAACCAGGACUUUUACACGCCUCUUCCGCGGGGCGAGCGGGAGUUCGUCAUGGGCGUUGAGCGGGCGAUGAGAGUUCUUGAGCCGAGGCGUGACAUACGCACAAUCCGCCAUUGGCACAUAGAAACCUACACGGCUGCCUCGUCACGUCCCGGCUUCGACACGUACGCGCAGGACCGAAUGUGGAGUUUAACAGUGCACAUGGUGAAAAUGCUGCGUGCGUUCGCGCCGUCCACGGACCCGAAUACACUGGCCAAGAGCUUUCUGGAGAGCAUUACGAAACCCGCCGCCGAACUGGCGCGGCGGUUCCAUCUUUGCUUUGACGAGUAUGCGCUUGAGUGGUCGGGGUAUCAUGAUAGUGAGAAGACGGCGAAGGAUGGGCUGGGUGUUUUUGAGAGGGAGGUUAGGCAGGGGCGGUUUGGGGAGUGGGAUUUUGUGAGGGUUGGCGAGGGGGGCAAGUACCUGAGGGAAGUGCCGAUGGUCGAGAAGGGGAAGGGAGAGGGGUAUGAGGAGGGUGAGGAGGAGACGAAGGUCAAGGUUCGGUGGCUGUUUGAUAUGGCGCCGAGGCUGGUGUUCCGCAAGCUCAAGGUUGAUUCGUGGGGGGAGGGCAAGGUGCUUGUUAAGCCCAGGGUCUUGGUGCGGGUUAGUGAGCAGAAGAGGGUGUCUGGGGGGUCGGCGAAGAAGGUGGUCAAGAAGGCUGCUGGAGAAGAGUAUAAGACGGUCUUGGGGGCUGUGCAGGGGUGGUUGCAGAGGCAAGAGUACUAUCUCGAGAAGGAGAGGGAGAGGAAGGAGAAGGAGAAAGCCUUGGGGAAGCAGGUGGGUGGGUUCUUUGGCAAUUUGUUCUAG